CAUGGCGGAAGUUGCAGCGACUCAAUCUGCUCAGGCUGAAAUUUCUAAAAGCAGCAGCGAACCAGCGGAAGGAUACGACAAGAAAUGUAUCUUCUGCAAGAUUGUACACCAUGAAAUGGGAACGGAGCUUCUUCUCUGUGAUGAAGAGAUUUCGUGUUUCAGAGACAUUAAACCUGCAGUUCCUCACCACUACCUCGUUGUCCCAACCAGACAUGUAGGGAACUGUAAAUCCCUCAGUAAAGAACACGUGCCUUUGGUGAAGCGAAUGAUUGAGAAAGGGAAGGAGAUCCUACAGAAAAACAAUUUUACAGACCUCAGUGACGUCAGGUUUGGUUUCCAUUGGCCCCCAUUCUGUUCGGUUACACACUUACACCUUCAUGUCCUGGCACCUGCCAGCCAAAUGGGCUUCAUGUCUCGCCUAUUCUACAGGCUCAAUUCCUAUUGGUUUAUCACGGCAGAGCAGCUGAUUGAAAUUCUCAACUCUAAAGAACAGACCGCUUGAAUGCACUUCCUGCAGCACUCGGCUGGGAUGCAGCGACUGGACCAUCCAGCCUCUUGCAGUUGUCAUGUUGGAUGUUGCAUGCCCACAUUAGGUUGCUGCCUCUAUGAACACAACAAAUGAUAUUUGUAUUUCCAUGAUGUUUAUAAUAAGUGACCACUAAGGUUUUUUGUUUUGUGAAAACACUUCACACUUAAAGCCAAAGUGAAAGCUUUAGCAAAGCCAAAUAAUGUGUCUUGCUGCUUGAGACUUUAACAUAAGUUUUUGUAUUUUUACAGAAGAAGAAGUGAAUUAAAUCUUCUUUCAUCCACCAAAGAUAAAUCAUUAUUCACUCUUUGGACCAAGUUUCAGACAGUGUGAUCCAGAGCUUUUUGUUGAAGGCAGUCUUUUUCUACUGAGAGGACUGGAGAGAUGAAUGGAACAAUAGACUUACUGAGAUCAUUUUCAUUUCACAGCUAGAGAAGUGAUGAUUCAUAAACUGGUCUCUCGUCAUGCAGCAGUGCCCAAGUGCUUCACAGGUUUGACUUAUAGGAAUGUACUUUUAAAGAUCAAUUGAUAUGAAUCAUAUGUUGAGAGAUCAAACAGCAGUUCACUCUAAUGCACCAAGUGACAUCAGGGCGGCUGUGGCUGAGGGGUAGAGCGGUCGUCCUCCAACCUGAAGGUCGGUAGUUCGAUCCCCAGUCUUUUUAUAUAAUUUCUAUAUAAAUACAAAACCAUUUACCAUUACCAUCUUCAAUCACCAUUGACGAGGCUCUGAAUUAAAUGCCUUAUUUACUCAUCGUUUGAAUUGAAGAAAUGUUCUCCAACCGUGUUAAUAAAUAAUAUGAACUAGCUAGAUGGUGCAUGUUGUAACUACGAAUGCAGCUGUAUUAUUCCCUAAUAUAUUAAUGGAAUGUGAAGAAAUCCUACUGUACUGCACUUUCAGAAAUGUUGAUUUAGAAUAAAUAAUUUAUUGUU